GGCCGAAAUGAAGCUGCUCGUGGCGUGCCCGGACCAGGAGGUCUUCCUCGUCACCGUCGACGGCGAGAGCUCCAUCAAGACGCUCGCUUCCGACGUCCGUACCAAGUUCUCGAGCAUCUACCACGACCGUGACGAACUCUCGGCGGACCUCUACCUCCAGAAGGCCAUCCCGGGCAUCAAUGUCCGCCACCAUACCGACGCGCCAAUGGCCGACGUCGAUCCGAGCAUGACGGUCGCCGAUGCCUUCGACGAGAUGGAAGUCGUGUACGUGCAGACGGGCCGCAUCCACAAGCGUGCGGUGCCCGACGCCGAGGCCAACCAGCCCCCGGCCAAGAAGGCCAAGAAGAUGGCGACGUCUGCCCCUACUACCGAGCAGCCGAAGGCGGCCAAGGCUGUCGCGGCCAAGGCUGUCGCGGCCAAGGCUGUCGCGCCCAAGGUUGUCGCGCCCAAGCCCAAGACUGCGAAGCCUGCCCCGGCACCGGAGGCCACUGCCGAAAAGAGCUUGAAGAAGACCAAGAAAGUCGCAACGGCCGCUCCGGUGGAGGUUGCCCAGGUGACGGCGGUCAAGGUGGUCGUCCCGAAGGAGGCUACACCCAAGGUGAAGGUCGUCAAGGAGAACGUCGCCAAGGACAAGGUCGUCAAGGAGAAGGUCGUCAAGGAGAAGGUCGUCAAGGACAAGGUCGUCAAGGGCAAGGUCAUCAAGGAGAAGGUUGUCAAGGCGAAGGUCGUCAAGGCGGCUGCUCCGGUUGAGGCUGCGCCUGCCGUUCCUACGCAGGUCGAGAUCUCGCAGGAGGCGGCGGCGACGAAGGCCUUCGAGCUCCCCUCGGUGCCCAUCUACUCGAGCUCGGAAGACGAAGAUGACAAGCCGAUCAAGAAGAAGACGCCCGUCGUUGCUGCUGCGGUUGUCGCCACGACACCCGUCGUCAAGGAAAAGAAGACGCCGACAACGCCGGCUGCCGAGGCCGCAACGACCCAAGUGACGCCGGCCCCCAAGAAGCGCAUCGUCAAGGCUAAGGACGCUGCCGAAGCCGCUCCUGCUGUGGUCGAGGAAGGUGAAGCGGCUCCGACUACCGACUCGCCCGCGCCGGUGAAGCGUGGGCGCAAGCCCAAGGUGGUCGCCGAGUCGGCGCCUGUCGACGCUGCUCCUGUUGCUGCUGUGGCUACCACCGAGGUGUCACCCGCCCCCAAGAAGCGCGGCCCCAAGCCGAAGGUUGCCGUCGCAGAAGUCGCUGCUGAGGGCGCUGCCGCAACGGUCGUCUCCCCUGUCCCAAAGAAGCGCACGCCCAAGGCCAAGGUGGCUGUCGAGGCACCGACCGUUGUCAAUGUAGCGACGGCCCCGACGCCGAAGAAGGCCAGCCCCAAGCCCAAGGCUGUUGCGGCGGUGUCGACCGAGGUGGUAGCGGCGGUUGUAUCGCCGGAACCCACCAAGGCCUCGCCCAAGGGUGCGGCGCCGGUGGUGACCCCGGUGGCGUCGCAGGUCACCGAGUCGGAGGACGAUGCGAAGCUCUCGCAGAAGAAGCCUUCGCCCAAGGCGGCCGAGCCGAAGAAGCCGUCGCCCGUGGCCGCGGAGAAGCCGUCCAACAAGCGCAAGGCGAUUGCGAUGGAGAUGCAGAAGCGCGUGAUCGAGGACUCGUCGUCGGACGAUGAUUUUGACGACCUCAAGCCCGUCAUGCCGCUCAAGAAGAAGGUGGUCGCGUCAUCGACGCCGCAGCCCAAGACGACGUCGGCCCUGGACGCCGCCGUGCGCAAGGUCAAGCUCCAGAUGCCAACGAGCUCAACGGACGAGACCGAGUCCGACUCGGACGUGGUCAAGAAGCCCAAGGCGCACAAGAAGCGCGAGUCGGGCGCGAGCAGCAUGUUUGGUGCGAUCGUAUCGGCCAACCGGCUCAGCCUCAGCGGCGAGCUCGGCGCGCUCUCCAAGACGUCGAGCAACCCGUUCAAAAAGAGCACCAAGAAGACAACGUUUGCGUUGUAGUCCUAUAUCUUGGAUCGACAGUAGGAAUAGUAGAGUUUGUUUUUGCGCCAAUCAAUUGUCGACUGCACUCGUCACAAA